AAACCCGUCCCUAAUGUUUACAAUUUUCCUUAAAGAAACUAAUUAGUGUUAUGAUUUUAAAUCCUUAUAAAUAUUUGUGAAAGUUUUACAGUGAUUAUUCGAUUUUAAAAUCGAUUUGUUUGAAAUUAAUCGUGACAUAUAUGAAAGCUCAACGUAGGUAGAUAUACUUGGUUGUAUUUCCCUGUGUUACCUCAAACUUGUCUCUUGUUACGAAAAUGGCGAAUCUUAUGACUCGCCGAUAUUCGUAUGGAAAUUUUGUACAUUUCUAUAUGGAUGACAAAAAGUGAACGACUCUACGAUUCUAUGCGGAAGAACUUUAUUGGGGCCAAGUAAAAAGAAAAAUUUGGAUAGUUAAAGAUGGAUGCAACAAUUGAGAGAGAGUGCAGUGCUUUGGGUGGCCUCUUUCAACAGAUUAUAACUGAUAUGAAGAAUGGAGCACCAUUAUGGGAGGAUUUAAUUUCAAAAGCCACCAAACUGCAUUCAUGUUUAAGGGCUGCUAUUUUAGCUAUCUCUGCAUAUCUUGAAACCUUUCAAAAAAUUGCUGAUGCAGCAACUAAUGCAAGAGGUGCAACAAAAGAAAUUGGAACUGCUUUAACCCGAAUAUGUCUUAGACAUAAAGCAGUUGAAACGCGUAUGAAAUCAUUUACCAGUGCUAUUAUGGAUUGCUUGGUUUUACCUCUUCAAGAGAAAUUAGAAGAUUGGAAAAAAUCCCUAAUAAAUUUAGACAAGGAACAUGCCAAAGAAUAUAAGAAAGCGAAAGCAGAAUUAAGAAAGAGAUCAACUGAUACAUUACGCUUACAAAAGAAAAAAGCACGUAAAGGACAACAUUUACAAGGACAAUCACAAGGACAUGUAACAUCAUCAGGUGAAAUUGAAUUGAAUCGAAUGUUAGAAUCUUCAGCUGCUGUUGUUCAAGAAAAACGAUUAAGUUUGGAAGAAACAGAAAGAAAAGCUGUUCGUGCAGCUUUACUUGAAGAAAGAGGCAGAUAUUGUCUUCUUGCUAGAUUUUUAAAACCUGUACUUGAUGAAGAAAUUGCAAUGCUAAUGGAACUGACACAUCUUCAAGAGGUUUCUGAUCAAUUACAACGACAUGCAGCUUCUCCACAUCAUUUGCCUCCUGCAUCAGAACAAGUAAUAACAGAUAUAAAAGGUUGCGAUAUAACACAAUGGUCACUUGCUACACCUCCAUCAAGUCCUUCUUUAUCACUUGGAUCAAGAAAAAGUUCAAUGUGUUCCAUCAGUUCUUUAACCAGUAGUAGCAGUGGUUCAUGUAAAAGUCAUCCAAGUCCAUCUGGACAUCCUUGGCACAGAUCACUUUCUCAGUCUGUCGGUGUUAGGCCCUCCAGCAUCAAUGGUAUGAUGACGCUGCGCCACUUGGCAAACGGUAGUUCCCGUGACUCUGGCUUCACUUCUCAGGACACGUUAUAUACACAACCAAUUUCUGAACAUCAGGUAUCAAAUGUGUCUUCUCAAACUAAUCAAAAUACUGGUUGUACUACAACAAGACCUGUAACUACUGCUACUUGGCCUGACUUGCAGGAAACAUCAGUUCAAUACGACAGGCAAAAUCAGAACACAAUCAACGAACGGCCACAUACGAUCUCUUCUGCUUACGAAAAAGGCCAUCAAAGACCAGCGCUCAGUGUCUACACAUUCCAAGCUCCAGAUAAUGGUGGCUGUUGUCAUAGUCAACCUGCUUCUCCAGUUUCUUCUUCCUCUUCAUGUUCUUCUUCUAAUCAACAAGCAUCCAGAGUACAAUUACGUAGAAAUAAUGGUAGUCAUCGUCCUCCUAUACCGAACCGAUGUUCCAGUUUGGAACGCCCAACAGUUCCAGUGAAAAAUGAACCUCCUGGAAGUCCACGAGGAAAACCUAAAUUACCACUUCCAGCACAUUUAGCAAAAGAAUUAGCAACUCAUCAGCUUCAACAACCAAUGUAUGUGAACAUGCACGAAUUAGCAAAUCUGGCUGCAAGUCGUGCUCAAGAAAUGCAGUUACCUUUACCUCCACCCCCUGCAUCAUUAUCAGCACCAGGAACUGAAAAGACUGAAAUUGCGGAAAAAGAUGGUGGAAGUCAAACAUCUGAAUCUAGUGUUGAAUCGAGUAGUGGAUAUGGAAGUCAAACUACCAUACCUCAUUCUCAUUCACUUCAUAAUCCAAGUGAGAAUGCUUGGAAUGUACCUGGUGCUGCAUCUACUUUAACAGUUCGCAGAGGAUCGAUGCAGCAAGUAAAUAAACCUCCACCACCAACAAGACGAACGUCUACUAUUAUAACUGCCACAUUCAAUAAUCCUUCAUCAACUUCUAAUGAUGAACGCACUGAUAAUACUUGCGAUGAAACUGAAAAUCUUCCUCCACCACCAGCAUUUUUAUUGGAAGGCUCUUCACCUACAGCCAGUCCUACUCCUCAGCGAUCUAUCUCAGUAUCAGAAACAGUAAGGACCCUUACAGAGUUACGUCAUACACCUGCUAGCCCUUCUCUUUUACGAAAAGCUACAGGGCAAGUACAAUCGCAUAAUAACUUGUCUACUACAUUACCACAUAAUGCCGUAUUACAAGUCACUCGAUCUUGCGUUGAACGUUCAUGUGCAGCAAUUCGUUCAACUUCUCAAGAACGUAGUUCGAAUACUACACAAAUAACUACUGUUAAUACGGGUGUAAAUAUUCAAGGACAAGGUCCUGGAGGAGUUGGUCAAAGCUUUAUGGCCGUUCUUAGUGCUAAGCUGAUUAACAGUACUGGUAAUAAUGCCACUAGUGGUAACAAUACAAAUAAUAGCCCUAAAUCUGCCAGAAAGUAUUCCAUUGAACAGCAAAUAAGUAAAAAUUCUAAAACACCAUCUGGUUUUCUUGAAACUUUAAAUGCUAAAUUAGCACAACAACAACAAAAUUUGCAAGGGAAUAAUACAACGAGUAGAUCUGCCAGCGUGAGACGCAUAAUGGGCAAUCGUGUACCUAUUAUGGAUCCGUUGCAAGUUAGAGAUUCACUCAUGGAUCAAAUACGAAAAGGUACCUCUUUAAGAAAAACCAGUGGUCCCAUUAAUGAUCGUUCAGCACCUAAAAUUUACUGAAUAUUAGAAUACUGGUGUUCAUGCAAGUUCCUUUGCUAUCUCUGAUGCAUUUGAAUUAUAUUUGCGCUUGUUGUAACAAUCGCAACACGCAUUAUCAAGUCUGAACAAUAAUAUGUUUAUAUCGCCGAAUAAAAUGGCGUUUGUCACACGUUGAUCAUAUAUAUGUACCUUUACGAACGUACAUUCGAUAACUGAUAAUCAGUUAGAUUGAUUUCUUUGCACUUUGGUGCACUAAUGUCAAAUUCAAAGAACAAAGUAAAUUUUUUACAUAAAUUCGUUAAUAACAAUUAGUUUUAUUAAAAUUAUGAAAA